AAAAUGGCGGAGUUACUUCUUUGCACGAGUUUCACGCGUAGAGCGACGAGAUGCUUAAAGACAAAAGCGCUAGUGGUGCACUUUUCCGCGGUGUGUCUGCGCUGAUUCUGGCGUGUUUUUUGGCCCACGCGGUGGACUGUUAUCGUCUGAAGAAGGCAGACAGGAGAAAACAUGCUCCCGAGGGCUUCAGGCGGGGUAAGAUCGUGUUUGGGAAAGUUCCUCAGGGGAAGCCAGUGUUCGAUGGAGAAGUUAAAGCCAACAUUUCUGUGGAGGAUGGAGCUGCUUAUCAGGCGGACUCUGCCGGAGGCUGGGGGCUAACCCCUGUGCCGGUGCAGCAGCAGCAGCCAACUUCUCUGGAGGCUUCAUGGAGACGCCUGACAUCCCUGCAGUGUGGGGAUAACCACAUGAAGCUCAGUGUGAAGACGCCAGGGCUCUCCCACUUGUCAGUGCUGCAAGCUCCUAACGCAGCUCCAUUGCCUCUUCCCCUCGUGCCCUUAAACUGUGGCUACAAUAUGCAUCGAAAUUCCCUUGGAUUACUCAUGUAUGUUCCCUAUGGUGGUUGUUACAUACUUCAACAGGCUGGAAGUUAUGUGCUUCCGAUGCACUGGCAAGGAGUUCCGGUCAACCUGGUAUGCACCAAACAUGCUCCAACUGAAGCCCCAAAGCCAACCAUGCUACUAGCACCAUCUGAUCCAGUUGCGACCAAGGGGCCCACUGUAAGCCAGGUCCCCAAGUGGCUGGCUGUCUCCAAAACUCCAGGUUCCCCCGUAAUCAUUGGGUCCCAACAUGAGCCCCGAAGCCACGUCCACUUCCCCUCCCUCAGCCCCAGAUCUAAAAGUGGCCAGCCGAACCCUAGGGUCCAAUCUCCUUAUGUGCCUUACUUCCCUCAGUGGCCACCCGCGAUGCAGAGCCAGGCCUCCCACCCCGGGCUCCAGAAGCCUAUGGUGCUCCCGAACCCGGCCUCCCACCCCGGGCUCCAGAAGCCUAUGGUGCUCCCGAACCCGGCCUCCCACCCUGGGCUCCAGAAGCAUUCGGUGCUCCAGGACCAUUUGUUCAAUUUCAAGCUGCCACCGCUCCAAAACCCUUAUGUGUCCCAGUACCCCGUUAUGCCACACAUGCCGUAUGCGCACAAUGUGCCUCACCAGUACCAGGUCCCCCAGGCGAUGCCUCAGUACCAGUUCUUCAACCCCUACCUCUGGCCCUUCCAGGGAUAUCAGCCCAGAGCUCGGAACCCUAGCCAAAAACAAGCAACUCUAUCAAACCUUCCCCAUCUUCCGCCUCCCUCUAUCGCUCCAAUUCAAACGACAACCAAGGCACUGACCACCACUGCGGCACCAGCCCCUGAGACCACUCCGUUGUUGCCAUACAAUCAGUUAUUCCAGUUUUCCCCUGAGCUGAUGCACUACAUCUCUUAUGAAGACCUGCUUGCUGCAAUAUAUGCCAAUCAACAAAAAUAGUUCUAAUAAAUUAUUCAAACAAG